AUGGCGCUCUUCCUGCACUCGGAUUUCCCUUUGAUCAAGCAGCAGAAGGACGUGGAGAUGUUUGGAGACCAGGAGGUCUGUAAAGAGGGUCUCAGCAGGGGGGGCGUGUCCCCUCAGGAGACGGACAGAGGCGGAGCUUUGACGGAGGGUCAGAGGAAAAGGAAGAGGACCAUCUUCAGCCGAGCCCAGCUGUCGGAGCUGGAGCAGGCCUUUGCAGUGACUCCGUACCCCGACAUCACCCUCAGGGAGAGGCUGGCGGCGCACACACACUUACCUGAGAGUAAGAUACAGGUUUGGUUCCAGAACAGAAGAGCGAGGAGCAUUAAAACAGGCAGACUGAGCAGGCCCACCAAGUCUGAUGGAAGAGGUCCAUGUCUCCUGGAGCCUUCUGCUGGACUCGGGAGCUCCACCUACCCAGCUACAACCACCCUGGCAGAGAUAUUCAGGCAGGACCAGAACCAGUCCUGUGAAGAAAUGCCUCAAAUUUACUCUGAUUUGAUCCAAAUUUAUAGCAACCAGGUAUCGUACACCCCUCCAUCUUCUUCAUCGCUUCAUCAGCAGCCUGCACCAAAGCUCCUCCAAAGCUGCUCCAAAGGGUCAGAUGGGCACCGCUGGGAGGAGGAGCAGCAGCUGGGGCCGAGAUUCAGCCGCAUCAUUUCCGGAUCUUUUCCUCAGCCAAUCAGCAGGCAGGGUCACCACCAUCCCUCCACCCGCUCAUACCAGGCCUUCACCAACUUCAGGCCUCAGAGCCUGGCUCCGCCUGGGAACCAUCAGCCGGUGUACGGAGCCAGCGUCGGCGGUGGAGCUCACGCUUCAGCGGACCAAACUUCCCAUCAUCAACCAGUGUGCUGGGAGGUAGCCCAAGGGCAAGGCCACCACCACCACCACCACCAUCAUUCCCAAAUGGGACCUCAGACCUCCAUGGGAUACAUCUCCGAUCUGAUCUACAACGCCGCCAUCGUGACCAACUUUCUGGAGUUCUAAUACGGAACAAUAAGAACAUUUCUAACCGCCAUGUUUUACUUCCAUCCUCUGUGUGGAAUGUGUUGAUGUUGUCUUUUAGUAGAGUAACAUAGAGACCGUUUUCCCUGCACGUCGUAGCUACUGUUGAUGUUUAGAAGGUACCUUUGGUUUUACCUCUGUAGUUAUUCCUUAGGAUGGUCGUUACCAAGUAUUCCUGAACAACCGUCUGUCUUUAGGCUGCGGGUGGAGGAGAUAAUCUAAACCUAAAGACCGAAAGCAAAACCAGACCCCAGAAACGGGUUUAUACGGAGCAAAGAUUACUGGACCUAUUUUACUGUCGGACCAAAUUAACAACU